AUGCAGGCGGCGGCGCAACCCAACGCAUCGGCGUCGGUGGGGAGAGUUUCUGGCGUCAAGCGGAAGCGACCGCCGCCGGCGCAAGGAGACGCCGAGGGUGUGAACGUGGCUGGGGAUCCGUGUGGGCCGGCGCGUGCCUUUCGGCUGCCUGCCGGGAAGUUGUCGCAGUGGCUUUUGUGCCCACCCUGCGAGUUGCAGGUCGGGUGUCCUUCUCACCGUGCUGGUGACGCAAGCAUGGACGCCGCGGGAACCUUGUUUGCCGCGCCGCUUACGUACGCGGUGAUACCGGGCUUCUUCCUGCACGCGCCAUCAUCAUCAGCCGAGCAGACUGCGGGGUCGCCACGGACGGCGCGGGGCGCGGUGUGUAAGGCGCCGCUGCGGCAAACCCUGAAGAAGGCUCUCGACAGGGCUCGCGACGCCAUGGGUGCUGUGGACGAGAUCCCGACGGACGCGCUGCUAAUUGCGGCUUUUGCGGGUGGCGCGGGCGACGGGAAAACUCCACGGACUGGGGUGUGCCGCUCCGGUGCUCACCGCCCCUCCGCUGCCCGCGUCGUCAAUGGGCCGCGGCCGUGGUGCGAGGUGGCCGGGCUGUGUGUGGCUGGCGAGCUGAGUAGGGCGUACCGUUUGCACCGCGGGCGGGCGGAGGGGUGCGGGGAGCUGGGGGCGGCGGAGGUAGGCGGCGCCUGGUGCGCGGGGCACGCGUUCUGCGGGGUGCGGUUCUUUUGGGUGGCGGAGCCGCACCGCCGCCGUGGCAUCGGCAGGGCGAUGGUGGAGUUGGCUCGCCAGCGUGUUUCGUACGGCUUUGAGGUCCCCGCUGCGCACGUCGCGUUCUCGGAGCCGACGGCGCAUGGAAGGCUGUUUGCGAGGCGCUACGCGGGGCGCGAGGAUUUCCUCGUUUUUUGA